AUGGGCUCUCCAGAUGGUUCAUUCCUUUCCUCAAUUCGCCUCAGCCUGGUCAUGGUUUCGCUAUGCCUUGCUGUAUUCUUGACCGGGAUGGAUCAAACAAUUCUCGCGACAGUGACCCCGUCACUAACGACCGAGUUCCACAGUAUUGAUGAUCUGGGGUGGUGGACCGCCGCCUACCUGACUAUGCUCAGCGUGUUCCAGAUUCCAUAUGGCAAGCUCUACAGUCUGUUUUCAAUUAAGAUCGUCUAUCUUUCGGCGAUCGGCAUUUUUGAACUGGGCUCUCUAGUCUGCGCUACGGCCCCGAACUCCAUCGCCAUGAUUUUCGGUCGCGCGAUUGCCGGCGCAGGGGCAGCUGGCAUUUUCACCGGUGGGAUUAUGAUCACCACGAAGAUUAUCCCGCUUGAUCGCCGUGCCUCCUACCUGGGUAUCAUGUCCGCCGCCUUUGGCGUUGCUGCCAUUGUAGGACCUUUUAUCGGGGGAGCGUUUACAGACAGGUCUACGUGGCGAUGGUGCUUCUACAUCAAUCUACCACUGGGUGGUUUGAGCAUCUUGGUAUGCUUUUUGCUUGUUAACACGCCGGUGGACUCCUCGAUUGCAUCACUGUCACUGUGGGCGCGAGUCCGCCAGUUUGACUUCUUUGGGAUGGUCAGCAUGAUGGGUGGUAUCGUUUGCUUGCUUCUGGCGCUCCAAUGGGGCGGCACCCAAUAUCCCUGGAAUAGUGGAAGAAUUAUUGCAUUGUUGGUGGUGGCUGUACUUCUCAUGGUCUGUUUUGUUCUCCUUCAGAUAUUUGUCCCCGGGUCCAAAACCAUCCCCCGCAGUGUUUCGAGACAUGCAUCGGUAUGGCAUGCUGUCGGAUACGCCAUGUGUAUCACGGGAGGAAUCUACGUUGCCAUAGUCUACAUUCCAGUGUGGGUGCAAGCGGUACAACACAAAUCAGCCCUGGACGCCGGGAUCAUGCUGACUCCAUUGAUCGUGGGCUAUGUCGUAUUCUCGGUGAUUGCUGGAGUCCUAACUUCCGGGGCUGGCUAUUACAAUCCACCAAUGAUUCUCGGGACUAUCCUGGCGAGCGUUGGUGCCGGUCUAUUAUCGACCCUAUCGACUGGCACCUCCAACGGGCGCCUGAUUGGGUACCAGGCGCUGUAUGGCAUUGGUGUCGGGCUAGGGUUUGGUCAACCCAGUUACGUCGUGCAAACCGUCUUGUCCGAGGCAGACAUCCCGAUCGGGGUGACUUUAGUGACCCUCGUUCAGCACUUGAGCUCCGCUAUCUUCGUCGCUGUAGCUCAGGGAGUCUUUCAAAACACCCUUGCGCACACCGUGCGGUCACUGGCGCCAGGUGUUGACCCUUCAAAGCUCACGAAGCUGGGCGCGACACAGCUGAGUCAGUUCGUAGACACUCAAGACAUGCCACACGUCUUAGAAGCAUACAGUACCGCAAUUGCAAGGACGCUCUACAUCCCAAUGGCACUCAGCUGUGCAUCCGUGCUCGGGGCCUGUCUCACACCAUGGAUCUCCAUGAAAAAAGCCAAGCCAGAACCAACAGACAAAGAGCCGACGAAGGAUGAGCCGACGAGUGAUGGGACAAAGGAAAGAGACCGUUGCUCAACAGGGGUUAACGAGGCCUAG